UGGGCUGCAGCGGAGGCGAUGCUGUCCAGAGGACCCCAUUUCCCCAAUAUUGCACCCGUUUUUCCACCUGCACACCUUGUGGAGUCAUGGCAUCCUAUAUCGGGAGCAAAGCGAGGUGCACCCAGUGUUGCGAAUGCUAAAGGAAAAACCCAAAUGUAGGGCUUUUUUUUGGAGUGAAAUCAAGGCGGGAGAGUCCCUGGCAAGCAGCAGACUGCUCGGUUGAAAGCUUGCUGUUUCUUCAACGUUCACAGUGAUUUUCAUUAUAUCAUCAUUUUUUUCAAUUCGCUUGGAGGAGCUGAGCCAUCCAAAUUCCUUCCGUCGACGUGUCCUUGGCAGUCACAAGGGUUAGAGAGCAGAGGGGACGGAUGGAUGGACGGCUGAUAGUCGAAAAGACAACUGACUACCCUUCAGCCGAGUACUCCCUGGUGGAGGAUGUAGCCCUCCACUUCACGUGUUUGAUGGACAGACUGAACGAGCAGCGCCUCUUUCAGCCGGACCUGUGCGACGUGGACAUCGUGCUGGUGCAGCACAAGAGCAUCUUCCCGGCGCACAAGGGGGUCCUGGCAGCCUACAGCCAGUUCUUCCACUCCCUCUUCACCCAAAACAAGCAGCUGCAACGCGUGGAGCUCUCCCUGGAGGCCCUCACCUCUCAGGGCCUCCAGCAGAUCCUCAACUUCAUCUACACCUCCAAGCUCCUCGUCAACUCCUGCAAUGUGCAGGACGUGCUGAACGCGGCCGCCGUGCUGCAGAUGAACAACAUCGCGUCCUCCUGCCAGGACCUGCUGGACACGCGCUCGCUCAGCCUGGCUACCGACAUGGCCCUGCCCGCCGAGGGCUGUGCUGGCCCUCCGCCAUAUUACUGUGAGAUCAAGCAGGAGGUGGACACCCCUCACCCCAAAAUCUACGCCCGGGAAGGCACUGAUCCCUACUCGGUGCGGGUGGAGGAUGGGGCGGGUGGUGGGCCGCUGCCGCCAGGCCAGGCCAAGCAGUACUACAAGGAGGAGAAGGACGGUGGUCCGGGCGCUGUCUGCAAGGUGGAGGGUGAGGAAUCCGAGGAGGACUUGGACAGCCAGAGCUCCUACAACCGGGAGCAGAUCAUCGUGGAGGUGAACCUCAACAACCAGACUCUCAAUGUCUCUAAGGGCAUGGAGGGGAAGGCGGCCGCCAGCGAGGCGGCUGUGAUGGGGCGGCCCGAUGGAGAUGGACGUGACACGGAGGAGGAUGGGGAGGAGGAGAACGAGGAAGGGGAUGAGGAGGAGGAAGAAGAGGAGGAUGCAGAGGUGGGUGAGGAGGAAGAGGAGGAACACAGUGAGGAAGAAGACCUGGAGGAGACAACAGAAGAGGAGGAGGAGGAGGAGGAGGAGGAAGACACAUCAGAGGUGAAAAGGGAAAAGAGUGGGCAGACCCGCAGAGGAAGCCGAGCAUCCAAAGCCACCAAAUCUGCCAUGGCCACCCGGUCCCAGGAGAUGGCCAAGACAGAAGAGGAGGAAGAGGAAGAAGAGGAAGGGCAACGAGGAAGGAAGAGGAAGAAAGAGCAAGACGGGUUGGGCCAGAAGGUAAAACUGGAGGAGAAGCAGCACUACCCAUGCAAGAAGUGUCCCCGGGUCUUCAACAACCGCUGGUACCUGGAGAAGCACAUGAACGUCACGCACAGCCGCAUGCAGAUCUGUGACAAGUGUGGCAAACGCUUCCUGCUGGAGAGUGAGCUGCUGCUGCACCAUCAGACUGACUGUGAGAAGAACAUCCAGUGUGUGACGUGUGGGAAGGGCUUCAAGAAGCUCUGGUCUCUCCAUGAGCACAACAAGAUCGUCCAUGGCUACGCUGAGAAGAAGUUCUCCUGCGAGAUCUGCGAGAAGAAGUUCUACACCAUGGCCCACGUGCGCAAACACAUGGUUGCUCACACCAAGGACAUGCCCUUCACCUGCGAGACCUGCGGGAAGUCCUUCAAGCGCAGCAUGUCCCUCAAGGUCCAUUCGCUGCAGCACUCUGGGGAGAAGCCUUUCAAGUGUGAGAACUGCAACGAGCGCUUCCAGUACAAGUACCAGCUCCGCUCCCACAUGAGCAUCCACAUCGGCCACAAGCAGUUCAUGUGCCAGUGGUGUGGCAAGGACUUCAACAUGAAGCAGUACUUCGAUGAGCACAUGAAGACGCACACGGGUGAGAAGCCCUACAUCUGCGAGAUCUGCGGGAAGAGCUUCACCAGCCGCCCCAACAUGAAGCGGCACCGCCGGACCCACACGGGCGAGAAGCCCUACCCCUGCGAUGUCUGUGGCCAACGCUUCCGCUUCUCCAACAUGCUGAAAGCCCACAAGGAGAAAUGCUUCCGUGUCAGCAACCCCUUGGCAUCGGACACAGCGGUCCCUCAGCCUGCUGCCAGCCCGGCCCCGCUGCCCCCCGGCGUCUCCCCACUGCCGCUGCUUCCUCCCCUGCCACAGACCCUCCCUCCUCCUCCUCACCUACCACCCCCGCCUCCCCUGUUUCCUGCGGGGAGGAUAAAUUCAAACAACAAUUAGGUGCCCUUCCCCUGCACAGACUGCUCUGCCCUUUGGAAACACCUGGGGAGAUGUGGCUUCGCUUGCUCUCUACCCCAUUCCUCCUCCUUCUCGUUCUGGGGUUGUUUUGGUGUUUAUUUUUCUUUCUUUCUUUUU